AUGAAGAUUCCAAGUAGUGGAGGUUUGGGUAAUGGUUAUUACAAUCAUGAAAUUAGCAUAAUAUCAUAUUUAUCUGAUUCCGAUUUGAGCGAUGAUUUGGAUUCUCCAACCAUUGAUGGAGAUUUUUCAGAAUAUAUGUGGAUGGAAAAUGAAGAAGAAUUCGAUCAACAAGUUAUGAAACAACUUGAAGAAGAAGCAUUAAUGGAACAAUGUAUAGAAGCCAUGUUGGAAGAAGAGCCAGAGGUUUUUAAUAAUAUACAAAAUCAAGUUACAAAUACAUUGCUUCCGAAUGUCGCCAUAACUUGUCAAUCGUGGAAUACUGAAAAUAUAAACGGAUCAAAUAUUGUUCAGGGUAUGGGAAGUCUUUGUUUGAGAGAUGAUAGCACAUUAAAUCCGAAUGCGAGAGAAUUUAUACCUCAACAGAGAACGACGCAAGCUGUAUCAAUCGAAGGAAAAGUUUAA